AUGCCGGAACCUCACUGUCAAAUUGAGGUCGACUUCAAACCGCGUUACUUGCAGUCGGCUCCAGUACCGCCAUUGCCGCCAUUGCCGCCAUUGCCGCCAUUGCCGAGACAAGCGCCGCCAUACCCAAAAACGGCGGUUUCAGCUGCUAUUCCAGCUCAGACAGCUUCAUCGUCCUCGUCAGCCGUCACAACAAUUGACACACACAGAGACAAAGCUGCAGCCAGUGAUGGCAUGGGCAGUAUCUCUCCAGGUGUUGCUGCUGACGGGCGCGCAAUGGCGUUGGCGGACAAGCGCAACGCAGCAUCGAAAUCCGCCACAAAGAUGAACGCAGCCGCGAGUUCACGCGCAUCGCUCAAUUCCACCGAGCAAUUACAGUUUAAUCCGACCAAUAGAGCUGCUAGACAGCUGACUUUUGGCAAAGCGACAGCGAGAACGCAUCGCCACAAGCGCGGCGUACAACAAGUCCCGCAUCCCAACACGCUUGCCGAGUACGAGCGCGAAGGCGUGCAGAUGGCCCACCUGAACGUCUACCACGCCUGCCCAUGGCUAUGGGAAUUCGUAGGACGCACAUAUCGCGAUCUGGACCUGGUUGGCGCGGCCAUGUUCGUGAUGGGCUCGAUCGGGUUUGCCAUCCUGCCCAUUCUGAUGGAAUACCUGCCAGAGUCGCUCACACCGCUCAACAUUGCCAUGAUUAUAAGCGUCGCCUUCCUCUUGCUGGCAAAGGUGCUCUUGGAAGCACGCGCACUGUAUGCCAUGUUUUGGAAGCGUGCGCACAAGCGGCCGAGCGCCCUCUACCACGCGGCCAUCUUUCUGCUUGUCGUGGCUGGCUCGCUGUACAUCACGGUGCCUGCGCUGCAAAUCGGCGGCAACCAUCCCAAGACGGCGGGCUACAUGAACUUUGUCUCGUCCUUCUUUUUCCUCACGGGCUCCAGCAUCUUCACCUUGGACGGAGCCUUGCAGUACCAGCCGCCGCUCUGGACCAACAUUGAGAACCAGUACAUGUGGGGCUCGCUCUCGCUUGCCAUUGGCUCUGCACUCUUUGUUGUAACCGGCUUCUGCACGACGAGCAUCGGCGUCGACUACUCGCCCGCGCUCCCCGACGGCAUGGAAUACCGCGAGAGCUCGGCCUGCACCGAAUCCCUCGUGAAUUGGGUGAGUGCUGUGGGCGGCAUGUUCUUCUUGAUUGGCAGCAUCAGCUUCCUGGUGUUUGCCUUCCACGAGUUCCACGAGAUGCACAACGGGCCAGAUCCGCGCGCGGUGGCGUACCAUGGCCAGGAGAUUCCGCAUCCGCACCAUCACCUUCCGCAUCACAAGCGGAAAGCGCGAGACGACGAUCUUCCUGCUGCACGUUGA